AUGGAGGGGGCGUGCCCCAUCAGGAGGGGACUCCUCCUGGGCCUCACUGUCAGCCUCCUGCUUCAAGAACGAGGCGACACUUUCACCAUCAAUUGCUCAGGCUUUGACCAGCAUGGAGUAGACCCUGCAGCCUUCCAGCCAGUGUUCGACAGGAAGGCCUUUCGUCCUGUCCUCAACCACAGUGUCCCCACCAGGGUCAACAUCUCUUUCACCCUGUCUGCCAUACUAGAAGUGGAUGCACAUCUCCAGCUCCUGACGUCGUUUCUGUGGAUGAACUUGGUAUGGGAUAACGCUUUUAUCAGCUGGGACCCAAAGGAGUGCAUCAGCAUCAGUAAACUCAGCAUAUCGGCCGAAAACCUGUGGAUCCCCGACAUCUUCAUCGUCGAAGCCAUGAACAUACACUCCGCCCCUUCUGGCCUCAGGGCCUACGUCAACAGCAGAGGUCGGAUAAAGUACGACACGCCAGCGCGGGUGACCAGCAUCUGCAACCUGGACAUCUUCUACUUCCCUUUCGACCAGCAGAACUGCUCCUUCACCUUCAGCUCCUUCCUCUACACAGUGGAUAGCUUGCUGCUGGGCAUGAACAAGAAGGUGUGGGAGAUCUCAGACACAUCUCGGAACGUCAUCCAGACCCAAGGAGAGUGGGAGCUCCUGGGCAUCAGCAUGGCCACCCAGAAGAUGUCGGUGGGCAGCAGCCUGUAUGACAAGAUCAUGUUCUAUGUGGCCAUCAGGCGCAGACCCGGACUCUACAUCAUCAACCUUCUGGUGCCCAGUAGCUUUUUGGUUGUCAUCGAUGCCCUCAGCUUCUACCUGCCGGCCGAGAAUGAGAACCGGGCACCCUUCAAGAUCACUCUCCUGCUGGGCUACAAUGUCUUCCUGCUCAUGAUGAAUGACUUACUGCCUAAUAGUGGCACCCCCCUCAUCAGUGUCUACUUCUCCCUGUGCCUGUCCCUGAUGGUGGUCAGCCUGCUGGAGACCAUCUUCAUUACCCACCUACUGCACGUGGCCACCACCCAGCCCCCAUCCAUGCCGUCAUGGCUCUACUCUCUGCUCCUCUACUGCACCAGCCCCUGGAAAGGCUGCCCCACUGCACCCCAGAAGGGGAGCCAGGGUCUCCCUCCCUCUCAUCUGCCUGGUGUGAAGGAGCCUAUGGAAUUGGUGGGGAAGGAAGCCAGGCCCAGAGGGGCAGAGCUGAACAGGAGUCCAGGGUCAGCGAAAGCCCAACAAGAAGAUGAGGCUCACAAAAGCUAUCUGGUCGACCAGUGGGUACUGUUCAGCCACCUGAUGGAUACUCUUCUCUUCCGCCUCUACCUGCUCUUCUUGGCCACCUCCAUCAUAACAAUCCUCAUCCUCUGGAACACCUAG